AUGCAGCGCGAGCUCGGCGCGAAUUUAAAGGACUACUCCUUCCCCGGCCCGUUCCUCAACCCGUUCCUCUCGGAGCCGAUUGUGGCCGUCCACCUCCCGUGGCAGAUCGUCACGCCGGUCGUGCGCCGCCGGAGCAUCGGCGUCACCUGCUGCUCAGGACACGGCAGGCCUCGAGGGCGACCCGCCUCGGCGAGCCGCACCGGGCGGAUCGGCGCUCGCAGACCAAGUGGCGUUUUGGCGGUGUGCGGCGUUGGCGCCGCCGCCAGCGCAGAGUACUCGUCGAUGGCGGCAGCCGCGUCGAAGAUGAGGACAUGA